GGGGCGGGCCCUCAGCGGAGGUAAAGUUGGCCGGCGGCGGAGCCGCUCGCCUGAGCCCCUCUCCUCCGCGCUGCCGAGCCGCUCUCCUCCGCGCUGCCGAGCCCCUCUCCUCCGCGCUGCCGAGCCCCUCUCCUUCGCGCUGCCGAGCCCCUCUCCUCCGCGCUGCGCUCCCUGCGGCAGCGUGCGGGGGACACCGCGCCCUCAGGGCAGCUUUCAGCGCCCUACGGCACCGCACCCUACGGCCGCUCAGCGCUCCCCAGGGCCGCGCAGCGCCCUUGCCCGUCGGGGCCAUGAUGGCGUGUGCCGAGCUGCUGGCCGUGUGCCUGCUCUCAGCCGACCGCGACCCCGGGCCCCGCCGCCAGCCGCUCCCCAUCUUCCACGACAUUUUCCGUCGAGCUGACAAGAAUGAUGAUGGGAAACUGUCAUUCGAGGAGUUCAAGAACUAUUUUGCUGAUGGGAUCCUGAGCUCAGAGGAGCUGUGGGAGUUGUUCAGUGGCAUUGACAGAUGUCAUUCAGAUAACGUGGACACAGAGAAAUUGUGUGAUUAUUUCUCAGCAUAUCUUGGAGAAUACAGGAAUGUGUUUUCUGCCCUGGAAGCCCUCAACGCUGCGGUCCUGGCAGCCAUGGACAAGACCAAGCUGAGGUAUGAGACGUCCUCAAAGAUGGAGCAGUUCCUGAUCCGUUUCCUGCUGCGGGAAACCGUGCACCAGCUGCAGUCCCUGCAGACCUCCCUGGAGUGUGCUGUGGACACCGUGGAGGAGCAGGCAGGACGGGAGAGAAAAGAUGUAAAGAAAUUGGAGACCUCAGUUGGGCUGAGGUCAGGGAGACGAUGUGGGCGCAGAGCACAGAAGAACAUCUGUCUGUCUCCUACAGACCCCUAUUCUGGGAUGCUCACAACAGGCAUUUGUGUCAAGGACAACAGCCAGUGGAUGGCACAGAUCAAUCAGCUCCAGCAGCUCCUUGAGAAACUGGAGUGCAAGAGCCCGCGCCUGGAGCCUCUGAAGGAGGAAGCAAUGUGUAAAGGAAGAGAUGAACACAUCCUGGUGGCCAAGAGGCAGAUCUCGGUGGCCAUGGGCAGCGUCGAGGAGUUCCACCAAGCCUUCAGGUCCUACACAGAGGGCACGGCGGGGCAGAGCAGCUGCCUGCAUGUGUCUGCCUGCAAGCUGAGGGACGAGGCCUGCUUCAUCCUUUAUGAGUUCUGGCAGGACGUGGCUUCGUGGAGAAGCCACUUGCAGUCCAGCUGCAGCAAGACUUUCCAGAGAGCUAUCAUCACCUUGCUGGAGUCCCCAGAGCUGCUGACCACCAUGCUCUUCCCAGCAUCCUGGUGGAUCAUGAACAACAACUGACCCUGGGCAGCUGCUCCCAAGACACUGCUGGCAUGUGGAAGAAUGCAGAGCCCUUGGCACAGCCACAUCCACUGCUCCUGUCUUUCACCUCCCUCUCCCUUGUCUCCUGUUGUGGUCCAGCAGAGGCUGCCUGCCCAUUGUCUCUGGCAGUGUUUUACCCUCAUGCUCUUUUCAUGUUAAUUUAUUUAUUUCCCUCCCCCUCCCCCCCAGCCUGGCUCCGUGCUGCCCAGGGGAGCAGGUUACUCCCAGCAGUGCUGCUGGAAGUGGUGGUGGGGGUGCACUGGGCCAGCUGCUGCAACCCAGCAACCCUCAGUCCUUCUCACACCCCAGCUCCUCUUCCUCAAGCUCUGAGGAGAGGGAGUUGGGUUGCCUUGUAAUUGACUGUGAAUAGUGUUUUAUAGAAAAAAGUUACUGACCUAUUUUUGGCACUGCCAUUGCAGUGGCUUUAAGCCCACCCUGGCUGUGCACACCCCUACCCUCCCCACAAAAGAAUAAACCACUGUGCACCUCCAAGGAAGGUGAGCAUAGGCUGAUUGCUCUCUUGCUUCAUCCUGCAGCUCAGUGACCAUAAAUGAGCAUUGGCCUCAGUUCAGUCCUGCCAGGCAGUGGCAACG